AUGCAACUAGACAUACAUUUAAUGUCUCAUGUAAAAGUAAAAAAAGUAGGGGUCACAUCUCAAAAAUUUGAGAUAUAGCAUGAAAUAAGCUAAUUUUAGGCCAAAAUUGUAGUUAAUUUUUUCUUAACUUCUAUGAAAUAAAAGCUAAAUAUGCCAAAAUAUAUCGAUAAAAAUAUCAAAAUAUUGUUCAAAUAUGUUUUUCAGAACAUCUUGAAUAUAUCGUAAUACACAAACUAUCUAGAAGUUUGGUCUGCGCUGAAAACUGUGAAGCUAAAGUAACAGUAUUCUAAAACUAUUGAGUUAUAAAAAUUGUUCAUUUUCUUUUUGAAAACCUUCCGUCACAAAACAUACUCCCUUACUAAACCCUGUAAAAAUGUAAUUUUAUUUAAACAAUUUUAUUCAUAAAAUUUGGCAUUGUAAAAUAUAAAUAUACAUGUACUACUAGAAUUAAUAUGUGAUGCAGAAUUUUCAGAUUAGAGGUGACCCCAAAAUGGCUAAAACCUAAGGAGCGAGACUCUUUAAGCUAAGACUACGUAAACGCCAUCGGUACAUUCAUGUAUUUCGCUUGAAACCGCGUCAUUUUUAACCUUUUUUGACGCAGGGAAUAGAUAGCUACGCCCUGCUGGAAGUUCAAGGUCUUGUUAAAAUGGUUCUAAAUACGUGGAACGUAAAAAUAUCGGUGAAGAUCUACUUUUUCUUCACAACAUUAUUUCGUCACAACGCUAUGUCGUCACAUUCGUAUGUCGUCGCAGAGUUAAUCGAGUGACGUCAUAAUUGGAAUUGCAGCUUCACAACGUAAGAAAGCACAGUUCAAACUGAAGGUACGUUUUUGGUUAGCAAAGCUCAAAAGAGCAUCAUACUGAAUGUAUUACAGUACAAAUAAGAUUUGGGUAUGCCUUUUAAAAAAAAAAUAGUUCUUAUUUAUUCUUUUCAAAGAAACACAAGUUUGUUAUGGAAAAGGAAUAGAGAAUGGAGCAAGACGAUAAAGAUAUUUUGCGAAGACUGAAUUCGGACAAGUUGAUGUCCCCCACGCCUGAAAUGUUUCGAGAGUUACCCCUCUCUUACAUUGGCGAACGGGCCGAGAGAUACCACAGAAUCAUGAUGGCGAAAACUAGGACUCAACUGCUACUUAUGGACCAUUUAUGUCAACGAAGAGGCAUCAAUUUACAGAAAACCCUGGAAAUACAGCGUUGGGAGAGAACUCCUGAAUCGGAUUUGGGACCCCUUGUCGGCCUAAAACACGAGGCCGAAGACGAUCUAGAGAGGAUCAAGUUAAGGAUCAUCAAGGCCCCAAAGACAAGAAGCUCGGAACAUUAUGCCGAUGACCGCGUGGCGUCCUUUUACAGACUGGACGCAGACGAUACGCAGGACAACCUGCAAGAAGAUGGUUGUUGUGAAAUGUUCGGAGCGUCACAAAAAGAUGGGAACGGAAUAAUGGAGGACGGCAAGAAACCACAAAAAGAAAGAAAAUCGUGGAAGAAACGAUUGCUGAAAUUGUUUAGCUGGUGCAGUGGGUCAGCAGAGAGAAGCAAGAACUAGACCAUCACUUCAACAUACUUAAAUAUAUAUAUUUUUUUUAAUUGAAAAGUUUCAUAUAUAACUUAUGUUUAAGUGCCAAAGUGUUUUCAACAAUUAAUAAAUUUAUAUAUUUGUUUGAAAACAUGUCGCUCUUUUAUUUCUAUGUAUGUUCAUGCACAGAACCCUACUAAAUUGCAUGACUGUAUAAUAUGUAUGGUAUCAUGCCAGGCAAACAAUUUAAUUUCACAGCAUCUUAUGACACUAGGCUCAGAAUGAGUUGUAACCAUUUAAACAAUAAAAUGCUUUCUUUGGUGAUUCAUGCAAUUAUGAAGGUAGCAGCCUGGCUUUGCGGAAA